CAAUUUUUUUCUGCGAACUCCCAAUCUGUCAAAAUUUGUUUUGAUCGAGUGUUCUCGAUAAUCUGGUUCCAUCACCAACGCGUUCUUCUGCGCUGCUGCAAAAACAUUAAAUUAUACACGAAUUUCGCCUUAAACUCAGUAAAUUUCACCAGCUGGAAAAUGAUCAUCCCGGUGCGGUGCUUCACAUGCGGCAAAGUAAUCGGCAACAAAUGGGAAGCCUAUUUGGGACUGCUGCAAGCCGAAUACACGGAAGGUGACGCUUUGGAUGCCCUCGGACUGAAACGGUACUGCUGCCGCCGUAUGCUGUUGGGUCAUGUCGAUCUGAUUGAAAAACUGCUGAAUUAUGCUCCGCUGGAGAAGUAGGGCCCUAGUUUAGGUGGUGUCGUUCGUAAUGCUAAGGUUGUAUAUGUUUAACUAUUGAAAAACAAACUGAAUAAAAGAGUAUUUUAAGUUGUAA